GACACAGAUUUCGGGCUUAGCAGAGGUAUCUCGCAAGCGGAGACAAUCGGGAAAGCAGAAGCAUUUCUUCAACUUCCGGUCCGUUUCACUCUGCGAGUCAGUCCAUGGGCACGGCACCACUUCAAAGUAAAUGCAGCUUUCGUCCCCGAAAUCCAAGCUCCUGCGUGCUGUAAGCCCCUUACUCUGCCGCCAGUGCCACCAAUCCACCGCCACCGUCAGCAAACGAGCAGCAGAGCAGAACUGCUUGGCUCUCCUCCAGUCCUGCGACUCCCUUGCCAGACUCAUCCAACUUCAAGCCUCCAUCCUGAAAUCGGGCCUUCACGGCAACCUGCUCGUCCUCACCAAGUUCGCCUCCACGUCCUCAGAUCUCGACGCCAUCGACUACGCUUCCCGCUUUCUCUUCGCCUCCGAAUCCGAUACUCUUCUCUACGAUGCUUUCUUUUUCAACACGGUUAUUCGAGCGUAUGCUCGGACUGGUCACGCCAAGGACAGUGCCAUUUUUUAUUACAAACUCAUGCUGGGGAAUGGAGUUUGGCCUAAUAAAUUCACGUACCCGUUUGUCCUCAAGGCGUGCGCGGGACUCGGAAGCUUGAAGCUGGGGGAACAAGUUCAUGGGUCGGUGGGGAAAAUUGGUUUUGAUACCGAUGUUCAUGUGCUGAACACCAUGGUUCACAUGUACUGUUGUUGUGAAGGGGGAGUCGGGUUUGCCCGGAAGUUGUUCGACGAAAUGCCCAAGUCAGAUUCGGUGUCGUGGAGUGCUAUGAUUGGUGGGUAUGCUCGGUUGGGCAUGUCGGGUGACGCGGUUGGAUUGUUUAGGAGAAUGCAGAUUUCUGGGGGACGACCCGAUGAGAUUACCAUGGUUUCGGUUCUGUCUGCUUGCACCGACUUAGGAGCGCUAGAGCUUGGGAAAUGGCUGGAGUCUUACAUUGACAAGGAAAAGGUUCCUAAAAGCGUGGAGCUUUGUAAUGCACUGAUAGACAUGUUUGCCAAGUGUGGGGAUGUAGAUAAAGCAUUGAGGCUGUUCAGGGACAUGGGGGAGAGGACCAUUGUUUCUUGGACUUCUGUGAUUGUUGGCAUGGCAAUGCAUGGCCGUGGCUUGGAAUCUGUUUCUUUGUUUGAGGAGAUGAAGGAAGCUGGGACAGCUCCAGACGAUGUUACCUUUAUUGCCUUGCUUUCUGCUUGUAGCCACUCUGGCUUGGUUGAGCAAGGUUGGCAGUAUUUCAACUCAAUGACAAAGGAUUUCGCCAUUUUGCCUAAGAUGGAGCACUAUGGCUGCAUGGUGGAUCUAUUAAGCAGGUCCGGACUUGUCAAAGAGGCACUAGAUUUUGUUAAGAAGAUGCCUAUUGAACCGAACCCAGUAAUUUGGCGAACCCUAGUUGCUGCUUGUCGUGCCCAUGGAGAGCUCAAUCUUGGUGAAAGCAUCACAAAGCAGCUGAUAAGAAAUGAACCUAUGCAUGAAUCGAACUAUGUGUUGCUUUCUAAUAUUUAUGCGAAAAUGUACCACUGGGAGAAGAAAACCAAAGUAAGGGAGGCCAUGGAUAAGAAGGGAAUGAGAAAGAUCCCUGGCAGCACCAUGAUAGAGUUAAACAGUGAAAUCUAUGAAUUUGUAGCGGGAGAUAAGGCACAUAAUCAGUACAAGGAGAUCUACAAUAUGGUGGACGAGAUGGGCAGGGAGAUGAAAAGGGCCGGAUAUCUUCCUACUACGUCAGAGGUGUUGCUGGACAUCGAUGAAGAAGACAAGGAAGACACUUUAAAUUUGCACAGCGAAAAGCUGGCUAUUGCCUUCGCUCUUCUUAAGACACCGCCUGGAACUUCUAUUAGGAUCGUGAAGAAUUUGCGAGUUUGUGUGGAUUGUCAUUCUGCUACUAAGUUCAUCUCGAAGAUCUAUGAUCGAGAAAUAGUGGUCAGGGACAGAAAUCGGUUCCACCAUUUCAGAGAUGGCAUAUGUUCAUGCAAUGAUUUCUGGUGAUUAUCAACUGGGAACUAAACGACUGUUGGUUAUCUGAUGGUACAAUCAUUCACUCCUGUCUUAUGAUCAUUGGCUUGGAUGGUUUUGUCUGUUGAGUGUCCAUGGAGUUCAUUCACUAAAGUUUAUGAUCUUCUUAGGGACAAAUUAUUAAACCAAAUAUUGACCAAAAGUGAUAUCUGGAUUGGGAAUUUAGGAUGCAGCAUAUGUUGGAUAAAACAUAAAAAGCCAAUAACUCUACUGAGCAAGCAAUUCUAGGAGAUGCUUUCGACCGAAUUGAUACUUUGGCUUGAUUUCAUUGUUUGGCAAUCACCAUCGUUCAUGAUUUGUAAUGGAAACUUCUUGAUUCUUGAAACUUCUUGCACUUGGAAGAUGCUGCUGGGUUAUUUGGCUUUGGUGAUCAAAGAACAAACAAGCAAGCAGGCCUCAGAGAUAUGACUUGUUUAAAUUCAUAGUUCAUAAUCUUGCACCAUCUUUAAGGAUGCCAAAAAACUUGAAUCAAACUAGUCCAUAGUUUUUUGUUUCUAGUUUUAGUUCUCAUUGCUUUCAGUUUAGUUUUCAUUCCAUUUUUCUAUCUAAUUUUCAAUUGCAUUUCAAUAAGGGUAUGUUUGAUUGGCCACAU